AUGUGCGACCAGAGCUUGCCAAGGGCGACCGCAGAAUGGAUCCAGGCCCAAGUUUCCACACCCCUGACACAACCAACAGAUCCUAUUGCUGACACAUCCUUGGCGCUCAUAAUCGGGUUUGCCAAGCAGCAGGUACGGCAAUCAUCAGUCCUGGCAGAUAUAGCUUUUGGUUUGGUGUUUUGUGGCACUCUUACAGCGACCGUAAUUGCCACACUGCAGCCCGGCCGGACAGAUGACUUCUACCAGAAAGCGACUCUGUCCAACAUCACUCAAGAUAUGCAAAAGCCACAGGGUAGACUCUGGAGCACGGCGCUUGGCCUGGCCUCAGUGUUACUGGUUGUGUCAAUGUACACCUUCUGGCUGUAUCGUAGUUGGCAACCUUGGGUCAUUGCAAAGGACAAUCCAGUUGCUUCCCCUGUUAUGCAGUAUAGUGCUGAACGCCGCUUGCGAAUUGCUUGGGCUUUGGUACCCAACGUGGGCUUUGUGCUGGCUGCUAUGGUUCCGAGCAUGUCAGAUGUGGCCGGCUAUGACACAGUGUUAACAGCCGUGCAUAACGUGUCGGCCCCGUUAUCUAUGCUUUUUCUCAUGAUCAUGGAGACUGUGCAAUUGGGUUUCGGCGAAAACGCCUUUCAUUAUUUCUUUUCUCAUGAGCCUACCCCGCUAUACGGCCCGCUCACAAAGUACCAGCGGAUGCGGGUCUGCCUGGUCGUCGAAGCCUGGAUUUCGGGCAUCAUCUUUGUGGGGGUGCAGGGCUACCUCGCUUUUCGAAAAAACAGGCGCUACUGGGUGGCGCUCACAUCAUACUAUGGCGAGGUAAUUGGCAUCAUACUGGCAUUCUCUUUGCCGGUUGCAGCUGCCCUUGAUGUACAACAUGUGACCUCAGUGGUGAACUCACCGACAGCCCUGGCUGAAACUGCCGCCGUUCUACCCAUACUAUACAAGGUUCUGACUCUGCCCCUGGACGUGGCCAGACACGCCAUGCAGGCCGCUCUGUCAAAGAAAAUGCCAUCUCCGGGACUUCUGGAGGCCUUACGGGCAGCAUCAUCCCCUCCAAGUGGACUUUUCCGCGGACUUGUUCCUGCGCUUUGCUGCUCUGCAACGGGACCCGCAGCGUUUCUGCUGGGUUACGAGGUGCAGCGCGGUUCCAAGGAGGUGUUGGAAGCCGGAAUGGUGGCCAAGGCAGUCCAAGUGGCUGCUGUCCAGCCCUUCGACUUUUUCCGAACAUCUUGGCAGGCAUCACUUCUGCUGAAGGAGGCUAGUGCUCCACACCUGCUACGGGGACCUUGGGAGGUAAUGACCACCGAUGGCCCUCGGUCGCUCUGGCGAGGUCUGAUUCCGACGCUCUUGCGGGACAUUCCAGCUGCUGGCACGUUCUGGUGGAGCUACAUGUACCUCAGCCAGACGUUGAUGAGAGAGAGCUGGGAGGAGGAGUUUGAUCCAACAGCAAUGCGGCAGCGAGCCCUGCAAUCUGCCUCCAUCAGCUCAGCUUGUGCGGCGGGAGCUGCCCUGAUCACGCAGCCGAUGGACGUUGUCAAGACGAAGAUGCAGAUCCACCGGAUGCUAACGUCUCGAGAUGAUGGCUUCAGGAGAGUCAAGGUAGCUCGCUUCUUUGCGACACUCCGGGAGACCUACCAGGCCACAGGCUUGCGGGGCCUUUGGGUCGGGGGCACUCCACGAAUUGCCAGCGCGGCUUUCGGUGGGCUGCUUCUAGGCCCUGCCUUCGAGUAUGCGCAACUACUGAGUAGCGAUUCUACCAGGCCUCUCAGAAGCCAUCUGGACCUGGGAGAG